CCCUUGAUCUUCUUCAGAAAGAAAAGCUUGUCAUCACUGAGGGCUCAGCCAGGGAAAUGUUCACGAUUUCGCCGCUUUAUGAGAGGGGGGAGAGGGGGGGGGAAGAAAUAGAAAAGGAGAGGGAGAGAAACAGGGGGGAGAAGCAACGAGAGGGGAGGAAAACAUUUCCCCACACUUGUCAGCGAGAUGCCAAACUCCGGGUGAGUGGGACGAGCGGAGCAGAUGCUGGGAUGCGAUGCCAAGGCUGCUCCCCUUUUCCCCCUGCGCUUUUCGGGUGCCUAUAAAGGAGCCCGCCGGCGCCUUGGCCAGCCUCUCCUCGCUGUGGCAAGUGGCUGUGUGUGUGCCAGAGAAGAGAGAGAGAGAGAUCGAGAGAGAGAGAGAUAGAAAAGCUCCAGGCUGGGCGGUAAUCGCGGCUUAAGCGAGGCAGGCAGCUCUGGUUGAAGAGCACUCCUUCCUUCCUCUCUUCGUUCCUUCACGUUCCACCUGUGAAACGAGCAGGACUUUCCCCCUCUGGCGGAGUUGGUGAAGAAAGAGUGAGUGAGUGAGUGAGUGAGUGAGGGGUGGGGGAAGAAAGAGGAAAAAAGAAGAGGAAGAAGAAGAGGAAGAAGAAGAAGAAGAAGAAGAAGAGGGGAGUCGAGGAAGGAGGGGGGAAAGCGGCGUCCAGAAGGAAAGGCAAGAAGAAGAGAAAGAAGGGAGGGGGGAAACUGCGGGAAAGCAGCGUCCAGAAGAAGAAGCAGCAGCAGCCGGGAAGUUGAUUCGAGCUGGCACGGGCGGGAGGGAAAAGUCGAUCGCCAGCAGCAGCAUAAAAGUGCGAGCGGCUCCUCUCCGGGCGAGCAGCUCCAGCCACCGAGGGAGCCACAGGUGGCCGGCUAGACGGACAACGGAGAAGGAGGAGGAGAAGGAGAAGGAGGAGAGGCGGCCGAGGAUCUGGCGAAGCCGGGGGGCAUCGUCCGCCUGCGAGGGCGAGAAGAGGUCGCCCCAAGCCCCAGGGACGCGGGGAGGCUGCUGCCCCGCGGCGAUUUCGGCUCGAGGAGGUCCCCCGCCAGCCAUCAAGAUUUUGUCCAAAAGCAGGCAAGAGGAUCGCCCUGCCCUGAGCCGCUUGGUGGGCAGCAGGCGCCGGCUGAUGGCGGCCGGCGCCCUCGGGGUGGUGAUGGUGCUGCUGCUGGUCAUCCUGAUCCCGGUGCUGGUCAGCUCGGCCGGCACCUCGGCCCACUACGAGAUGCUGGGCACCUGCCGCAUGGUCUGCGACCCCUACGGCGGCACCAAGGCGCCCAGCACCGCCGCCACGCCGGACCGCGGGCUCAUGCAGUCGCUGCCCACCUUCAUCCAGGGACCCAAAGGCGAGGCCGGGCGACCGGGCAAGGCCGGGCCCAGGGGCCCCCCGGGGGAGCCCGGCCCUCCUGGUCCCGCGGGUCCGCCGGGUGACAAGGGCGAGCCCGGGCGGCAAGGCUUGCCAGGCCCCCCGGGGGCCCCGGGGCUGAACGCGGCGGGGGCCAUCAGCGCCGCCACCUACAGCACCGUGCCCAAGAUCGCCUUCUACGCGGGGCUCAAGCGGCAGCACGAGGGCUACGAGGUGCUCAAGUUCGACGACGUGGUCACCAACCUGGGCAACCACUACGACCCCACCACGGGCAAGUUCACCUGCUCCAUCCCGGGCAUCUACUUCUUCACCUACCACGUGCUCAUGCGUGGCGGCGACGGGACCAGCAUGUGGGCAGACCUCUGCAAAAACAACCAGGUGCGGGCUAGCGCCAUAGCACAGGAUGCGGAUCAAAAUUAUGAUUAUGCCAGUAACAGUGUUGUUCUACAUUUGGAGCCAGGAGACGAAAUCUACAUAAAAUUAGAUGGAGGAAAAGCACAUGGUGGAAACAACAACAAAUACAGCACAUUUUCUGGAUUUAUAAUUUAUGCUGACUGAUAAGAAUCAAAAACUAAAUCACGUUCUUCUAAGUGAUGGAUUCACAUGGCAAAAAUCGAUGAAUCAAGAAUCCCAGAGGAUACUGGCUGUGGACACCUCAAUAAUGGGGCCAAAUGCUAUCUGCCUCACAUCAGUGCAACCCAGAGUAUGUUUUAAAAUAUAGAGCAAGUUAAGCAGCUGUGUGAUCCAGUCACCAAAGCAAAAUACUCCCUGUUGUUAGUGUCCAUGUGAAGUUCUAUUUAAAUAACAACUUUUAUAGAGAGAGAGAAAUCCUUAAAGCACUGAAUAAUUUCUUCAGCAUAUAUAACUUUUGGUGUGCUAUGAUCUUGCUGCUUUUAUCCAUCCAUCAGCUUUGGUACUUGUGACUUACCUGCUAACUAUGAUGCGUGUGGAGCCAAUUCAUAGUGUAUGGUGAGGAAUGGUUUUAUAAUAAAAAAAGAUGUAACUAAGUCCUGUUUAUUCCCUGACAAAGGCUAUUUGAUUAGCCUUUGCAUUCUUUCACUCCCUAGGAACAGAAAGCAACUUGCUUUUCAAGCCUUAGCGCUAUUUUUUCUGUAUAUAGGUGACAUGCAGAUGUUUAAUAUGUCUGCAGCACAAUUGUGUCUAGUUUUUGGUUUUAUUAAAACAUCUGUAUCCCACCCUAUAUCAAAAGACCUCAGUUACCUGCUAUUGCUCUACUCCAAUAAUUCUUUACAAGAUAAGAACUCUAGUGUACAGAAUUUUUUCAGGCCCUAUAAGGGCUGUCCCAUUCAUUUUAAACUGGGGGGUAGAGUUAAUUUGUUUACAUGAUUUGUGCAUGCUGAUCUAUUGCCUCCACCAAAGCAAAUGUGCAACAUGAAUGAGAAAGGAAGUCACAGGCACACUAAAACUACAUGCGAUGUUGUGAAUAUGUAUGCUUGUCACAAAGAAAAGCCAAAGAAAGAGAAAAAGCAUGAAACAUUUCAGUUCUGGGAAAAUAAUAUUAAUUGAAAAGCUCCCCAACACAUCUUGGUGUUAUGAAUGCUAGUGGCAUCCGGCAUUUUCUCUCAAGAGUUUUGAUUAAAUGCAAAUAGACACUUCUUGUAGUUUCCCUUUUGGGGUGACCAUACAGUUCUCAAGCAUUAUAUACAUAUUUUGCAUUCACUAUGUAAAUAUUCCCAGGUCCGUGAAUAAGAACCAUUGGCCUAUAUGGAAAGAAAAAUGAGUACUCAGGAACACUAUUUUGGGAGGCAUUAACCCGUAUUUAUUGGCCAGUUUCUUAAGUAUAUUGUAUGAUGAUGUGAUGUAGGAAUAUUGUUCCAUCAUACCUAAAUGUUGUCAAAUGCAAUUUACUUACUAUGUCCCAUAGAAUUCAAAGAUACUGGUCUACAUUUGAACUUGACUGUAUCUAUACAGCACCAUGCAUGUUCCAUUAGUUGGGAUGCAGAUACUUGAAAGCUUCUCCCUUGAGGUGAUAUGUAAAAUAUUUACAGAACGUGGAAUCAAACUGACUAAGCUGAUUAGCUGGACUUUAUAACCUCACAAGAUAACAAGAUCAGGAAAUCCCCACAAAGCAUCUGUAUCCACAUAAAUUUGCAGAAUUCAUAGUGACUCUUCAGUUUUACACCUUCAGGAAGUAGCUCCCGUUACACCUAGAUAGAGGUAUGCACUACUUAACCCUAAUUGGUUCUCAACCUUUGGGUCCCCAGGUGUUUUGGUCUACAACUCCCAGAAAUUCCAGCCACUUUACCAGCUGUUAGGAUUUCUUGGAGUUGAAGGCCAAAACAUCUGGGGAUCCACAGGUUGAGAACCACUGCUCCAGAUGCUUGAAUGCAGCUGUAACCUUGAGGAAGCAAAGGUUGGUCAGCCCAAGUGUAAAUAAAUAGACAAAUAGAUAAACGUGUACAUACAGAUGCAUUGGGUGUACAUACCAAAUGAACUUGCAUUCAUAUGUGCACUUAUUCAGAAACAAGUCCUAUUCAGUUGUUCAUUAGGACACAUUCCCAGAUAACAGGAUUGCAGCCUUAGCCAUGCUAGAAUAAAUAUCUAAACCAGUGGUUCUCAACCUGUGGGUCCCCAGAUGUUUUGGUCUUCAAUUCCCAGAAAUCCUAACAGCUGGUAAACUGGCUGAGAUUUCUGGGAGUUCUAGGCCAAAACACCUGGAGACCCACAGGUUGAGAACCACUGAUCUAAACUGUAGAACAUGCUCUUCCAGCCUGGGUUUAGGAUGGGGUAUUUUAAGAAAUUGUUCCACUGAAUUAUCAGAGAAAAUGUCAUACAAGCAACAUACAAGAUACACAACUAGAUGCUUAUGGUUUGUGUUCCAAAAUCCAUUUGUGUAAUAAGGUUUGCCAAAAAAGCACAAAGGCUGGCAUUACACUAACAAGGACUUAGAAUUUUUCUUGUGACCAACAAAUCACCAUUUCUUUUUCAGGACUGAUUUGUUUAUAGGGAGAAUUGUUUACUGAUUUUUCUAUAAUAAUCAUGAAAAAUGAGCAAGGCAGAUAUGAAAAGCACCCAAUGAUAUAAUGUUUUGAGAGUUUGAUUAGGACUUAGCAGGAUCUGGGUUGGAAUCCCUGCCCAGUCAUGGAAUGGAGUCACACUCACUCUCAGCCUCAGAGCAGCCUCCCCUCCCCCCGCCCCAAACAAAUCUUGCCAAGGAAACAAAGUCCAAGUCAACUUGAAGAACCACCACAAUGAAGAUACUAACAUGCAAGAUAUGUCAAAAGCACAAAAGUUGUAUAUUGGAAUAUUCAGAUCUGUCUGUUCUUAUUCAUUACACCAUUUACUACUGGCAUUAAAUGUUUAAAAUGUCCAUUACAUAAACAUGUUUUACUAAAAUGUCCGGGUGCAAUGAAGGCUAUAAAAUAACAGAUCUCAUACCAGUUUAGUUCGUAUUUUUAAAAUACAAAUGUUAACAUUUGAUAUAUUUAAAAGUUUUCUUAUCUGCAGCCACUGCAUGGAAGAUUACCAAAAAUUAAAUUAUUAGGCUGCAAUCUUAUACUCACUCUACUGGCUGUAAGUCUCACUGAACUCAGUAAGACUUGCUUCUAGUAUGUGAAUGUAAAGGAUUGCACUGUAAGGGUGCUAAACGCAUAAUUUGUCUCAACAUUAAAGGAGGCCUUCAAAGACUGCCAGAUUGUGGAAUAACAUUAUGUAAUAUAUGUAUUAUAUUAAAGGUUAAAAAUAUGCAAAGGAGACAUUCUCAAAUGUGGAAAACAAAUGUUUAUUUUAUGCCUAUUUUUCUUAUCAAAAGGCUCAGCAAAUAUUUCUGUUAUAUCUUCAUUUAAAAAUCCCUUGAUAAUGCUUUUACAAAUAACAUGUUCUGACAAUUAUUUAAAAAAUAUCAUACAAUUUAUAACAUGGAUUGUAGGUCUUAAAUUGUACCAUAAAAUUCAUCUGUGAAGUA